GGGCACACUCCUCCGUGCUGACACCACCGGCCCGACUACGACUCCCAACAGAAAUGUCCAAGAUGCGUCUGAAAUAGAAAUGGCGGUCGUAUGAAAUCGCUGCAGAUAAAGAUCAACUGGCUCCAGAAAGUUAAACAGAUUUGUAAAUGAUAUAAAACAAAGCGGGAAAUGAGGCCGUAAGAAGCGCGCAUACACGCGUGAAAUGACCGGCGUAGCCUCUGAGCUCUCCGCUUCCAGCCCGAUGUCCUCCUGGUGCCCCGGACCUAUAAACAGCACAGUCUCGAUGGCGUCCAAGCUUUUUCGUCGCUUCCGUGCCUCUACGCUGAGACGGCAGAGAGGUCCUGGACCUCCAGAAGAACCCCCAGAGAUUGCGGAGCUGGUGGAUGACGCGGAUGGACUAUCUGUGCGCCUGAGCGGGACCCUCAGUCUGAGUGAAGACAGUCUUGGCUCUGAGGAGAGUGAUUCAACUGAAAGCAGAUGCAUAGAAGAACUGAACAGCAGUUCCCUCCUAACACAGCAACUCAGAGAGAUGUGGGCCAGUACACGGGGUCAUAGUCUUCCCGUCAGACUGACCUUUGAGGUGACAGAGGCCAAUGUGGUAAAGGACGUCCAUGCCAAGUAUGUGGUGUACACCAUCUACCUUCUGCACUCGGGGCAGUUUGACCCUUCCCCCGCCUUCAUCACCUGCCGCUACUCCGAUCUGGAACGCCUGAGAAAAACCCUGAGCUCCCGCUAUCCCGAUGAAAUGAGUUCCGUCUCCUUCCCUCACAAGCGCCUGCACAAGAACUUCACCGCCCAAACCAUAGCGAAGCGCAGUCGCGCCUUUGAACAGUUCCUCUGCUACGUCUCCUCGGUGCCCGCCCUGAGACAGUCUGCAGAGUUCCUCGGAUUCUUCUACCUGCGCGACAUGCAGAAGGCGCAACAUCUUACGUGCACGAGUUUGUAUCAGUUGGCGCUACCCUUGUGGAUGAACUGUUGGCGGCUGCAGGAGAAGCUGUGCCCCGCGGGGCCCUCCGCUCACAGACUGCUCGUACUUGCCGGAUUGGUGGUUUGCCACCAGGAGAUGGAUUCGCUGCCGGACGCACAGGCCUUCAGUGAACGCGCUAUUUCGCUUUUUCAGGAUUCGCAAGAGAACGCGCCUUUUCUCGUUUCCUUCCUACACGCUCACAUACAGUUAUCGUGGCGGGUGGGGGUAGACAAGAGAAGUUCGGAAGCCACGUUACUACGGCUGCAGGAAGCUGGACAUGCCACGCACAACGCUCCCUCGCUGAAGGAGGUUCUCAUCAGAGAGACAGACCGGGCGACUACGUAGAGGUGGCCAUAUUAGACCAGUAUUGCCCAACCAGGGUGCCUCCAGCUGUUGCAAAACUACAACUCCCGGCAUACUUGGCUGCCUGACUCCUCUUUUGCUUCUGAUUCUGAAGAAAAAUCCAAGAUGGCCAUAAGCACAUGUACAAAAGCUCCUCCUUCCCCAAAUGGUCACUGCUCAAUUUGCUUGUGCAGUCUGCCAUCUACUGGACACUUCAUGAAAUUGCAGAAUACCCAAGACAAUAAUAAUAUAAUUACAGAAUAAAGAAAGGUUAUAGGUCAGUGUUUCCUAACCAGUGUGGCAUCAGCUGCUGCAAAACUACAACCCCUAGCAUGCCCAGACAGCCUUCGGCUGUCUGGGCAUGCUGGGAGUUGUAGUUUUGCAACAGCUGGAGGCACCUUGGUUGGGAAACAGUGGCCUAGACCAACUGCUUUAGUGCUGCACGUUGCCAGGAAGCACAAAGGAGGAUUGUAUGAACACAGUGACCAAUGUAAAUGUUCAUACAAGCAGACAGACAAGGAACACUCCGAUUAUACUCCAAAUAAUCAAAGAAAAGCAGUUUAUUUAGUUACUCACCGGAUCUAGUUGUACGACGCAUUUCAAGUACCUGAGUAAGGGUCCGCAAUGGCCUGGAAACGCGUCAAUUUUUUUAAACAAAUUUUAUAUUGACCAUAUUGCGUCUUUUUGCUAAAUGUACAUAGGCAUCUUUAGCCAAAAGGAACAAAGCAUUUGCACUGCAUGCCUUAUCACAGAAGAGGGCGCCACUUUUGCACACUCCAAGUAUUAAAGGGGUACUCCUGUAGAUUUUUUUUUUUUUUUUUAUUAAUCUUUAAAAGGGGUACUCCGUUAGAAAACCAUUUUUUUUUUUUAAAUCAACUGGU